UAGAGGGUGUUGAUGGAAAAACAGCUGGUUGGUCAGUUAAGUAAAAGUUCUCCUGUUAGUCCUGUGAAAUUUGCAGCAAUUCAGUUUUUUAAUUUACAUUGUGCCUUAUUUACUAGCUGGAAUCACCCAAAAGGUAAGAAAAUAAAGGGGAAGAAGAGGAGAUUCCGGUGUGGCCUUUAGGUAGGUUGCAACUGCUACCACUGUGCUCUAAUUUAUUGUCUCUCUUUGUCAAACAGGUUUUUGAUUUCUUCCAUAGCUCCCUCAAAAGCUCCCUCUGCAAGUUUUUUUGUUCAGAAGCGGUGCUAUCUGUUGGCUUGCAACCACACUAUUCUUUUCUUGGCGUCAACUUUGAAUCAACGAAAAUCAUGUUUGGUUUAUUUUUAUCCUUUUUGGCUUUCCUGUGUCUUGCUCUACUUCCUCAAGUUGAUGCAAUUCCUGUUGUUCCCUCCUCUGGCGCUAAUCCAGAUGGCCAACAAAAUUCCUCGGAUACAAAUUCGGAGCAGGUAGACGGUCAACAGCAACAAGGUCAACAGAAUGAUGAAGAACAAGAAGAAAUUGGACAUGGUUCGCUUGUAAUUGCUGAAGAGGUAGAAGAAGAACCCGGUCCAUCCGUUCAAACUACUUUGAUGCCUGAUACAUGUGUGUCACCUUGGCCUUGCCAAACUAAGUACUGGUGUAUGGAAAAUGAUGGAAAAGGUCUGGAAAUUUUGAUGGAGUGGGAGAAGACGAUUGUCACACCUGAGCGUGUGCAAAAUUUGAAACAGUUUAAACCAGGACAGCGAGUUAGUAGAAAAAAAUUACAUGAUGCUGGCAAAACGCUUGAAAAACAGCUUGCGGAAAUUGCGAAAAAUAAGGAAAAGAAUAGGUGUAUGUUUGAAUGUGUUUAUUGCGGUGGUGAAUAUGAAAAUCUCGUAGAGCUGAAAGAACAUGUCGUCGGUGUGAAGCAUAAAAACCGUUAUUGGCGAGUCCAGUGUGUUGAAAGAUUAGACUUAGAUGAAAUAGAGAAUAAGUUGAAAAUAGGGCUCAGCAUCUAUCCAAGAAUUUUCCCUUGGGCCAAAAUUACAUAUGAUGGAAUUGAAACAUUGAGUUGCACCGAUGACAGAGUCCCACUUGAAAGGAGAACGCAAUGGAUCAAACAUAUGGUUGACUAUCGCACUCCCUCCUGUCGCCCUUUACCUGGUGUUCGUGCAGCAUACGAACCAGAGGCAAGGCCAACACAAGCAUGUGCCUUAGAGCCCAGAAAAUGAUUUUUAAUUUCUUCUGUAUUCCCUUUUCACUCUUUGCAUUUUUCCCAAAAUUUGUUUUUUUUUGUAUUGUCCCAUUCUAGCGGAGCGCAGACCUCCGCAGAUCACUUUUCGAAACUUUUCUUUUGACCAUGUUAUUAAGCAUGGUUCAUUCUAUAACUGAUUAUCACACCUAUUCAACCUGACCCUUUUUAGCCCUUUUCUGCCCUUUUCUCUUUAUACUGUUUUUUCACUUAUUUUCCUAUUUUUUUAUCUUUAACUUUCUCUAUUUCCUCUUUUCAUUAUUAAUUGAUGUUUUCUUAUUUGGGCAUAAUGUAUCCUGUCACUAAUGUUUCUUGUUACUAUUAAAAUUUUUCCUGAGAAAUUGUUUGCGGAAAUGAAUUCCACAAAUGGAAAUGAGUGAGUAUAUGGUUAACGUAUAAAACUAAAGAGAUUCUGGUUAAGUUAUCA